GUUCUUUUGACAAUACGUCAACGGAGAAUAAGGAAUACGAAAAAUAAGAAAAUUUAAUUUAUGUGAAAAGACACUUGUAAACAGUAAUCAGUUUUUAUAAUAUGCGUAUUUGAUCAAAAAUGGGCACACGACUACUGCAACGGUUCCUUCCUAUUGUAAACAACACCUUUAGAAGUCGUCCUAACCUCUACCUUCAUGGGGAGAGAAUUUUACAAGUCCCUACAAAUUUUAUUGCAGUCAGAAACUAUGCAAAAGGCAAAGAUAAAGGUAAAGAAAAAAAAGGUAAAGGUACAAAAGUAGAAAUUAAUCCGGCUAUGAUGUCAGAAGUAGUUGCUGUAGAUAAGAUUCAAGAACGAUGCAAAGCUGUUAUCGAGAAAUUAAAAGACGAUUUCGCUAAAAAUUUAUCCCUCAGAUCCACAACUGGUUCAAUUGAAUCUCUUCUAGUAAAGUUUGAGGGAAAGGAAUAUGAACUUCAAGAACUCGCACAGAUUGUUCGUAAGAAUCCUAAAACUAUAGUAAUACAUUUUUCAUCCUUCCCACAAGUUAUACCUGAUGCACUUAAAGCUAUAAGUAAAUCAGGUUUGAACCUGAAUCCUCAGCAGGAUGGUACAACACUGUUUGUACCUGUUCCAAAAGUAACAAAAGAACAUCGAGAAGCUUUAGCUAAAAAUGCAAAAGCUUUGUACGUAAAAUGUAGGGAUUCCUUAAAAGAUGUGCAGAAUGACUUUAUAAAGAAAGUAAAAAAGCAGACUGGGAUUUCAGAAGAUCUAGCAUUUAAUGUAACAAAACAAAUUACAGCCAUGUGCGAUGAUUAUCAAAAUGAGGCAAAAAGCAUUUAUGAAACAAAGCAUGUUGAACUUGUUGGUAAAUAGAAUAUAAGAGUUCUGCCAUUUUAGGUUUAUUUAGAUGCAAUAUUAUUUUUCUUAAAAAUCAUGCAUUGAAGAAAUAUGUUAAUAAAAUUCGUUACACAGAA